CACUUCAUUUGGUAAAGGUUAGAGCAGAAGCUAUGCAGUCAGUCAGUGAAAUAUAUAAAGGAGGAAUGGCUAUAGUAAUUUAUGGACCUGACAGUAAAUUAAGCUAUGCUUGUUUAAAAGCCAAAGAAUGGGCUAAGGAUAAAGGUGACGUAUUUCCAGAAUGUAAAGUAGCCAAUUACUUAUAUCCACAUUGUAAAGUUGUAUCUGGCAGUGAAUCGGCAAUACUUUUCCUCGAGCAACAUUAUAGAGAGUUCGGUAUACGGAAAAUUAAAAAAUUAUCUGUAAAUGGUGCCUUCCAUUGUGAUUUAAUGGCUUCUGCAGUUGAACCGUUUAGAAAAGCUCUUAAAAAAUGUAAGGUUUCUGAACCAGUUAUAACUGUAUAUUCUUGCGUUGAUGGAAAAAGCUACAGAAAUGCUGAUCAUAUCAGAAGGCAAUUACCCACUCAGAUAAUAAAGCCAGUAAAAUGGGAACAGUUACUCCAUGUAGCAUAUGAACGUGAUCCAAGUGAACAUUUCCCAAAAACAUUUGAAUGUGGUCCUGGAACAUUUUUAAAAACUGUUCUUAAACAAGUAAAUGCAAAAGCUUGGAAUGAAUGUUACAGUAGUGAAGAAUAUAAAUGAAAAUGUUUAAUUUUUUUCCUACUAUGAAAUACAAUUUUAUAAGUUAAUUUAUAAA